UCAGACACAUUACGCGUGUGUCCUUUGGACUUUAUUUUUGAAUUCUGUUCUCCACUUCUAAAGAGGAAUUUUUUCUGUAGCAUCCUAUCAGUAACUCUCAUCUAAAUAAAAUUUCUGAUGCUAACCCACAACUUGAUCUCUACAACAUUAGCGCUAUUUAUAUUCAUCGACUUGGCCGUGUCAAAGUGCGGCUAGUUUAGCACCGAUCGAAGAUCCCGAUCCCGUUAUCAACUGCGAUUUGAUAGACAAUCGUGACGCGUUUUUGACGAUGGGGAGAGAGUUUGUUCACACUUGUAAUAAUUGCAAGAGUCAUGUGGAGACCAGAUACCAUUGUACAGUUUGUGAAGAUUUCGAUUUAUGCGUGAGUUGUAAAGAUAAAAAUGGUCAUCCGCAUCCCAUGAAGAAAGUCCGGAAACUGUCGAUACAGAGGUCCAUUCAAUCAUUGGUGCAUGCUUGCCAGUGCAGAGAUGCCAAUUGCCAUCUGCCGAGUUGCUGUAAGAUGAAGCGAGUGAUAAUGCAUACAAAGAACUGCAAGAGAAAGACGAACGGCGGUUGCCGGAUUUGCAAGCAGCUGAUCACGCUGUGUUGUUAUCAUGCGAAACACUGCCAAGAGACCAAGUGUCUUGUUCCAUUCUGCUUUAACAUUAAACACAAGAUAAAGCAGCAGCAGCUGCAACAACGAUUACAACAAACGCAACUACUCAGGAGACGAAUGGCUGUGAUGAAUAUGAGACCAAGUGGACCAAUGGCAAUGCGGACCGGUCAGCAUACUUCAAAUGUCGCCAUGGGGACCGGAGUCGCGAUGAAGCCCGGCGUCAGCACUUCGAAUUUACCGUCGCCAUAUCAGCCGGGUAUCGGCCUGAAACCUGGUACGCAGACGCCUCCCGCUCAUAUGCUACAAGUAGUGAAGCAGGUGCAAGAGGAGGCCGCGAGACAACAAGCACCACAUGUCAAUUACAGCAAAGUGACACCGGGUUGCGGCGUUGGCGUAGGUGUUGGCGUUGGCGUCGGCGUUGUCGGUCAAACGAGUGGCGUAAUGCCACCACCGCAGAUGCAACGGCCAUUACCAGUACAGAUGCCGAAUCCCGGCACGCAUCUCAUUCCGAUGGAUCAAUGGACGGCAAGCAGGUACCAAUCGAACACGGUAAUGCAACAAAAUCCUAACUUGGCGCGACAGCAAACGCCGCAGCAGAUGCAACAGCCACAUCAAGCUCAACCAGGAAUGGCAAUAACUGCACAAAUGCCGCGGCAACCGGGUGUGAUUGGUGGACAGGUUGGUCUGCAGGCGAGUAAUAUGCAGAAGCAUGCUCUGCAACAGCUGAUGCAGACCCUUAGAAGCCCGCAGACGCCCAAACAACAGAACCAAAUACUCAAAAGCCAUCCGCCGUUGAUGGCUGCCUUUAUCAAGCCACGGAUUGUUCAUCGGCAACAACCUGGUCAACAUGGCGGAGGAGUCGGCGGCCCAUUGGCUCCUAAUCAACUUCAACAACAACCUGGUUUGCAGUAUAUGAUGUCUCAACAGCAACAGCCGCAGCAGCAACAACAGCAGCAAGGCAGACUACAGGCAAUGCUGUCACAAUGGUACAAGCAGCAGAUGCCAGCGAUGCAACAGAGACAACAACAGGCGGCCCAACAGCAGCAGCAACAGCAACAACAACAGCAGCUGCAACAACGAUUACAACAAGCGCAACUACUCAGGAGACGAAUAGCUGUGAUGAAUAUGAGACCAAGCGGGCCUAUGACAAGGUAGACGGUCAGUAGAUUUCAAAUGUCGUCAUAGGGAUCGGAGUUGCGAUGAAGCCCGGCGUCAGCACUCCGAAUUUACCGUCGCCACAUCAGCCGGGUAUUGGCCUGAAACCUGUAGCCCUAUUCUGUAACUUUUAACGACGAAUUCGUUAUCGUUAUGCGUCGUUGCGCAGCUAUUUUCCGAUAUGUUUUAGCUGCGCAACGACGCGUAACGAUAGCGAAUUAUAUUAUAAAUAAAUUUCUAAUAUAAAGAC